AUGUCACAUUACGAUGAAGACGAUUAUUAUGACGAACAAGGUGAUAUGCCUGAAUUUCAAGAUGAAGCUGAAUUAGAUGACUACUUAACUGACGAGGAAUAUGAUUUGAUGAAUGAAAUUAUACCUCAAUUGAAAAAAGAUAUGGCAGAAUACCAUGGUUGGACUACUUUUGAUUUAAAAUUAUCACUCUUAGAUACUGAUUUUAAUAUUGAUGAUGCCUUGCAUGAUUUGAAGAAAAGAUUUAAAAGAAAGAAAAAACAGGCUGAUGCCGAUAUCAAUACUUCAAUGUCCAAUUUGAAAAUUGGUUCAAAUACACAGCCAAUAGAGCAAACAAAGAAAUUCACAUCUCAACUUAGGACCGAUGAUGAUAUAAUAUUCAUAUCGGAUAAUGAGGAUUCUAAUGCUAUUUCUUCUUUGGAUCAAUGGGUUAGAGAUGAUAAAGUCGAAGAAAAAUUUAUUAAACCAUAUAAAAGAAUUCUUGAACCAACAAAACCAAGAAAUCCAAUCGAUUUGAAAAAGUAUUUACAGUCCCCUACCUUUAAACCCCAUUUAAGUUUUGUUGUAUUAGGUCAUGUAGAUGCAGGUAAAUCAACCUUAAUGGGCAGAUUAUUAUAUGAUAUUGGCGCAGUUGAUCAAAAUAAGAUUAGAAAAUUAAAAAAGGAGAGUGAACAGAUAGGUAAAGGCUCAUUCCAUUUGGCUUGGGUCAUGGAUCAAACAGUAGAAGAAAGAGAACGUGGUGUCACUGUCUCCAUCUGCACUAGUGAUUUUAGCACUUCAAAUGUAGAUUUCACUAUUGUUGACGCACCAGGUCAUAGAGAUUUUGUGCCAAAUGCAAUCGCAGGUGUGUCUCAAGCAGAUGUCGCUAUAUUGACAAUUGAUUGUGGUAUCAAUGCUUUCGAGUCUGGUUUUAAUCUUGAUGGUCAAACCAAAGAACAUACUUUAUUAGCACGUUCAAUGAAUAUUGGUACCAUUGUUGUUGCAAUGAAUAAGAUGGAUAGUGUUAACUGGUCUUCAGAAAGAUUUUAUGAAAUUCAAGCCGAACUAUCUACAUAUUUUGAUCAGAUUGGGUACCAAAAAGAUAAAAUUAAAUGGGUACCAUUAAGCGGUUAUUCUGGUGAAGGUGUAUAUAAGAUACCGUAUCCAUCUGAACAGAAUUGGUACAAAGGUCCAUCCUUAGUAGAUACUUUAGAGGAUGUUGCUAAGACUAAUUAUAGCCAUCUAAAUGAUUUAGAUUCAUUCUGUAAGGAAAUUAAAGAAAAACCUUUUAUAUUCUCAAUUCUUGAAGUAACAACCACAAAAAAACAUGAUGAAUCAAUACUAUCUGGUAGAGUUGAAUCCGGAUCAAUUCAGCCUGGUGAGACAAUCACUGUAUAUCCAUCUGAACAAAGUUGUUUGGUCGACAAGAUUCUUUCUGGUAGAGAACAAACCUCUAGAGAUAUCGCUUUGAAAGGUGAUUUUGUAACAUUGAAAUUGCGCCAUUCCCAUCCGAAGGAUAUCCAAAAUGGUGACUUGUGUUCAUCUGUUGGAUAUCACAUUAAAUCUACUAGAAGAUUCAAAAUUAGAUUGAGCACAUUCAAUAUGGAUCGUCCAUUGUUACCAGGUACAUCAGUUAUGCUAUUCAGGGGUGUCUAUGAAGAACCUGCAAGAGUCAAUAAAUUGAUCUCUCUAGUCGAUUCAAAAGAUCCUUCGAAGAUAUUGAAAAAGAGAGUUAAGCACUUACCAUCAAACCAAACUGCAAUUAUUGAAAUUGAAUUGACUGAAAGAAGAAGAUGGAUUCCACUCGUCACUAUUGAUGAAAAUAAGCAUAUUGGUAGAGUUAUCCUUAGAAAGGAUGGUCGUUCUAUUGGUACAGGUGUAAUAUUAGAUGUUGAGUAA